GAUAAGCGCUGCGAGUCUCUUCGCGCUCCCGAGUGAAGUGCACUGAUGGAGCGCGAGCGGCUUUAUUAUAGAACAGCGGGCGCGCGCACUCACUUUAAUUUCAAAGGGUGACGUUGACGUCAGCGCAGGUCCAAAGAAGUCUAGAAAGGGAGAGCGCAACAUUUCCCAGCCUUCAUUCUUUCGCGGGAGGGCAAGUGAGGAUUAGGAUGGUCAUCAGAGUGUAUGUCGCCUCCUCGUCCGGGUCUGUCGCGGUGAAGAAACGUCAGCAGGCCAUCGUUGGCUUUCUGGAGGCCAACCGGAUCAGUUUUGAGGAAGUUGACAUUACCAUGCUGGAGGAUCAGAGGCUCUGGAUGUAUAAGAACAUUCCUGAGGAGAAACAACCUGAAAAGGGCAAUCCUCUCCCCCCUCAGAUCUUCAAUGGAGAGGACUACUGCGGGGAUUAUGAAGAUUUCUUUCAGUCUAAAGAGACGAACACAGUGUUCUCAUUCCUCCGUUUGCCUCCUGUAAAGGACUCUGAAUCCUAGAGUGUGUCAUUGACAUUUCCAUAGACUGAAACACUGUGGUAUUGCCUCUUUUUCCUGUGAUGUUUUUCCUGUUGUCCCCUGGUCUGAAGCCCUCUCACUGCCAGCAAAGCUUUUGCCAAACACACGCUGCCCUCCAGCCCAGCUUUUCCUAAGAAAUUCUCCUCAUUCAAACACACACAUACAAAGGGUGAUUACAAACAUUUUCUAUGGCCUAAUUCAUUAUUUAUACGUGUUGCCGUUAUGUUUUGUUACGUGUUGCAUGAAAAGCCUAUUCUGCUUUUUAUAACAUGACACAGGGAUAGAAAGUGAACUUAUACCUGUAUGUUUGUGUGCGUAAGACUUAAGAGAAUAAGAAGUAUGCAAGGUUGCAUGUACGAGUCUCUAAGUUGUUCUUUGUUAAGGAGCUCAAACAGUCGGCCAAAAGGAAAUUUAGGGAAACAGCAGAAGAAUUGGAUAUAAUGUUGUCCUUUCUGCAGGCUUUGAUCUAUUUGUAAAAAGAAGUUCGGACCAAAAGCCAAAACUGCCUCCAAACAGGAAAUAGAAUCCU